AAGUAGUACCCCAGCGGUUUUCGGCAGCCGUUGCUACCGGGGGCCGUUGUGGGGGCGCUCCGAAUGCCGGGGCGCGCGGAGCGCCGGUCCGAGGACGCUGCUUCCACGUAUUGCCCGAGCAGCAGCAGCCGCAGCCUGGUCCCCUGCAGCAGGGGAGGCCAGGCAGAGGCGCUGCUGGGGCGACGAGCCAAUCUUUGGCGAGGGCCAACGCACGAGGCCAACUACUGUGGUCGCCAGCGGGACAUGCGCUUGAGGGAGCCCAUGCCUGGCACCGGCUGGGACCAGGAACCCCACGUGUACAGGCCGCGCGAGCCUCAGGUCGGCGCCGCUGCUAGGAGUGACGCCGAACGCGGCGCCGAAGGCGCCGCGGCCGCGCCGGCUUCCAGCAGUUCGCCAGGGUCCUCGCUGCUGCCCCCGCGGAAGUACGAGCCGGCCAAGGUUGUGAGCAGUGACGGGACCGUCCGUCUGCGAGGCGUCAGAUCCUCCAACAACGUGGGCCGCCUCGCCAGGGAGGUUGAACCCUUCAGCCGCGAGGCCGGCCUUGCCCCGCGGGUGGAGGUGAAGUCCCAGAGCUUCCAUAGGCAGCGGCAGCGGAUCCUGGCGGCCCAGACGUGGGGCGCCCUCCACUCCUGGAGGUCGGUCAACGAGCUGGAGCAUCACGUUCGCCCGAAAGGGGCCUCCAAGCUUGGAGCCCUGCUCCAGUGAGGCGCUCGCGUUCUCACAUGAACUCGACGAUCAGCCCGGUGACGCUGCUGACUUCGGGGACUUUAUCUCCGCGCUGUGCACGCCCCUUCGGCAGUGACGUACAAGGACUUCGCGUUCUGAUCGUGCUCCGCCCGGCUCCUGCGCGCUCCUCUUCUCGCCACCUGCCGUGCCCAGUUCGGCCACGUGCGUCCCGCGUCUGCCUUUGAGAGUUGCGAGGCGUUUGCUGCGGC